AUGAUACCAACAGAACCUACCACGUCUCAACACCACGUCUCCAAGGUUUCCAUCGUCUCCUACAUGCCACCAUCACACAACUCUUGGCACCUCGGACGACCACAAAGAACAAAUUUCACACCCCUUUCCUCCCUCAGCACAACAAGCUCCCAACCUACUCUUCCCACCCCCUCUUCACAUACCACUCCGCCUCCGUCUCUGCACUAUCCCCAUCCACUAUCGAAUCUCACCAAGAAAUGGGUGUCGUGUCCCCUCAACGGCGAUCAACAUGCCCCCACACCAUUCCACAGCAUUGCCCACGAAGCCCUAGUUGUUUCUCAUGACCGUGCAAGACUUGGUUUCGGAGAGAAACAGAAUCCAAGAAGAUUUGAGCCGGUUGUUACUCGGGGAUACGUGACUAUUGCGCCUGCGAGACUAGCUCAUCGGCUUCUUGAGGACAUGGACAGCGGGUUUGAAAUCGAGGGCAGUCAUCCUCUGGGUGAAGCGUGGGACAUGUGUUACGACUUGAAAGGGGAGGAGAACAGGAGAGGGGGGGGUCAAGGGUCCCAAGUGGUAGGUAUGAAGGGGCAUCCCCUUUACAGAGAGACCAGUUCAGCUGGAAACUUGUAA